AGCUGUUCUGUGUUUAUGCUCGUUAAUUAUGGGUUCUCUGACUUCUUAAGCUUUAUACUUAUCUGUACAGCCAAAUUGUCAGUGUUGUUAAAUAAGCACUAAUUUUCGCAAUUAAAGCUUCUCAUUGGAUCUGAAGCCGUACCAGUUCCCUAGGAAUCUCCCAAAAAGCUGCCUUUUCUCUGGUUACUGAACCAACACCAACACCAACACCAACACCCAAAUCCAAAGCUUGGAUUCAGAAAUCUGGGAGCUACCUAUUUCCAAGAAUCGUGCAAGAAAUAAUGGGUCGGUCCUGUUUUCACAGGAUUCUUCUUGUUUCAUCACUUCUGGUUCUGUUCUUCUCUCAUGGAUUUGGUAGAAAAGUGAUGGAGACGGUUGAGCAUGAAGAUAGUUCCACUGUUGAAGGAGAGGAAACUAUAGGAAAAUCAAGGGAGAUUGCAGAAUUGAUGGAUUAUUCAGAUCCGGGGCCAAACACUAACCCGAAAGCCGGUUACAAUCUCAGCCCUCCUCCGCAUGCCUAAGCGAGGUUAUCAACGAAUUAAUGAAUAAAGAGCUUGUCACUUUCUUUUUUGUUUUUUUGGUUUUUAAGGGGUUGUUUGGUAGAGGAAUUUGAAUAAUGUUAUUUGUAAUUUUUUAAAAUACGUGUGGGUGAAGGCCUGUUUGGCGAGUGAGUUCAAAUUUACAUUUUCACAUUUUAAAUAACAUUACACACAUUUUCACACGGUUUUUCACCCACACGUAUUUCAAAAAAUUCCAAACAACAAUUCUCAAAUUACUCUACCAAACACCCCAAAAUAUGUAGAAAUGUUUGUAAUAUUGUUUAAAAUGUGAAAAUGUGAGUUUGAGCUUGAGCUUGCCUACCAAACAGCCCUAAGUUUUUUUUUUUUUUUUUUUUUUGAGGAACCUUUGUAAGUUAAGUUUGUGAGAUGAAUAGAAUUGUUUAUGUUACUUCGGUGAUGCUGAAUUUGUAAAUAGGGUGAUGCUGAAAAUUUGGGUUCUUUAUAAUCUGUUGUCUUCAGAAUUCAGACUUUGUGCAAUAAAACAGUAUUGGUGAUGC